AUGUCGCCAUUUUUCCAAGAUAUGUUGCAUGGUGUUGUUGGUAUUAUUGGACCUGGUUACAAGGGUCCUUCUUAUAAUAAGUUAAGGGUUCACUUGUUGGCUGAUCUUAAAAGAGAAUGUCAAAUGCUAGUUGAUAUUUAUAGGAGUGCAUGGAAGGAAACUGGAUGUACCCUCAUGGUUGAUGAUGCUUCCAAUAUCGUAAAAAAUGCUUCACACUUGUGUAAUUUGUUUUCUGAGGUGAUUGAAUGGAUUGGUCCUAAUAAUACUGUGCAUGUUGUGACUGACAAUGCGGUCAAUUAUGUUGCCGUUGGUAGGCUUAUCAAUAGAAAAUAUGAUAAUAUCUAUUGGUCACCAUGUGCUGCUCAUUGCCUUAAUCUUAUUUUAAAAGAUAUAAGCAGCAUGGCGCAUAUUUCUAGCCUUGCAACACGUACUUCAAAGAUCACAGUAUUUGUGUACAAUCAUAUGAUUUUCUUAUCUUGGCUAAGAAAAAGACCUCAUUGGAGAGAAAUUGUACGUCCUGGUGCAACCCGUUUUGCAACUGUGUUUAUUACAUUGAAGAGUAUCUUUGACCGUAAAAAGGAUUUGCAAGCAUUGGUUGUAGAUUCAAUUUUCACUUAUCACAAAUUCGGAAGGAGUGCUACUGGUAGAGCUGUGAGUGCUAUUAUUUUGGGUUGCAAAUUUUGGGAGGAUUACUUUACUGUAUGUAAACUUGUGGGCCCUCUGAUUAAAUUGCUGAGACUUGUUGAUGCUGAUGACAAACCAUCUUUGGGAUAUGUUUAUGAGGGAAUGCUAAGGGCAGAAGAUGCAAUUAAACAGAUGUUUAGGCAAUCCAAAACUGCAUAUCAACCGUAA